UCAUGGGACUCUGAUAUUUGUGUGAUGUCUGCUAUACAGGGAGGAAAAGGAAGGGCAAGGAUGAUAUAAAAAGGGAGAGGGCCAGGCAUAAGACACCCAGCUGGGCAGCCCAGAGGACUCAGGGAGCAUAAAAAUAAGCAUCUGGCCUUUAUAAAGCAGCAAAUAUACUUGGAUCUGCCCAACUCCAGAGCCACCACUGAGUGA